AUGAGAGAGCAUGUCGUUAUCAUCGUAGGGGCUGGGCCUUCGGGCCUGGCAACUUCAGCUUGCUUGAACCAGCUCUUUAUUCCAAAUCUAGUCAUCGAGAGGGAUGACUGCUCCGCUUCUCUAUGGAAGAAACGCUCCUAUGAUCGGCUUAAUCUCCACCUCGGCAAAGAAUUUUGCGAGCUACCUCAUUUUCCUUUCCCACCCGACGCGCCGGCUUUCAUAUCAAAAAAAGAUUUUAUUAAAUAUAUAGAUGAUUAUUCUACCCGCUUGGAGGUAGAGCCUCUGUUUUCGAGGGAGGUGACUGAUGCAACUUUUGAUAGGGAGCUACAGAGGUGGAUCGUGCAUGUGACUAACACAUGCACAAACAAUGUUGAGUAUUAUACUGGUAGAUUCUUGGUAGUUGCUACUGGGGAGAACAGUGAUGGCGUAGUUCCUGAAAUUCCUGGACUGCCUAAGUUUGAGGGGGAGGUACUACACUCUUCACGAUUCAAGUCAGGGAGGGAGUACAGGGGUCAAAAUGUGCUUGUGGUUGGGUGUGGGAACUCGGGCAUGGAGAUUGCCUUGGAUCUCUCAAAUCACGGUGUCAAGACUUCGAUCGUCGUGAGAAACCCGAUCCAUGUGAUGAACAAGGAAUUGAUUCACAUGGGAAUGCGUUUGUUGAGGUACUUUCCAAUGGAGUUGGUGGAUAGGCUCAUGGUUUCUUGCAGCAAGCGGUUGUAUGGAGAUACGAGUAAGUUUGGCAUACUACGACCAGAGGAAGGCCCAUUUCUUAUUAAGAACAAGACCGGAAGAAGCCCCAUGAUUGAUCAAGGAACAAUUAAGAAAAUAAAAUCCGGGGAUAUAAAGGUCGUGACCACCCUUGCAUGCAUAAAAGGGAACGAAGUGGAGUUCUCUAAUAAUGAGAAGCAUGUCUUCGAUGCCGUAAUACUGGCAACCGGCUAUAAGAGUACGAUAAAGGCAUGGCUUAAGGAUGAUGAUGGAUUUUUCAUUGAAGAUGGCAUGCCUAGGGCCAAAUAUCCAAACCAUUGGAGAGGACCCAAUGGUCUCUACUGCGUUGGACUCUCAAGAAGAGGGCUAUUUGGAGUAUCUGAAGAUGCUGUGAACAUAUCAAAUGACAUAUAUUCGCUCUUCAAAGAUGGUCUUAAGCUUGAAAAAUGA